AUGGAUGAAAGUGGCCCAUUAGUUGAUACCCAAAAUGGCAAUAAUAUAGAAUCAUGUGUGAAUGGUGUAAAUGAGGGGAAUGACUUAGAAGGUGGUAUUGACUUAGGUGUGAAUGUUGUAAAUGACUUAGAAGGUGGCAUUGACUUAGGUGAGAAUGAUGUAAAUGAUGAGCAGUUUAAAGAUAGUGAACAACAAGAUGAGCAGGUUAAUGAAAAUGCAAAAGAUAGUGAACAACAAGAUGAUCAGGUUAAUGAAAAUGCACAACAAGAUGAGCAGUUUAAUGAUAAUACAAUUGAUGAUACUGAGGAAGAGUCUUUGCAGUUUACUGAUGAUGAAGAGGAUUCUGAUAAUCCGAAUUACAGGAUGGAACAUGAGGCACCUCAUACGGAUGAGGAUGAUGACCAAAGAAUGCAUGAAGGUAACAAUCAUAGGAAAAACAAUAAUGAUGAUGGUGAUGAGUUAGAUUACAAUAUUGAUAAAUACAAUGAGAUUCAAGAACUUGAAGUGGAUAUGUAG